CGAUCUAACGACGUGGCAUCUACUGAUAAACAAAAGAUACCGUUGCUCAUCAUCUUCUGCUGCAUCAAAGUGUGGGCCUACUGUGAUUUCCAAAGCACAUUCCCAAUCAAGUGGCUACAGAUUCUUGGAGAAUUGUAAUGGAGUACCCAAAUUAAUAAGAAGUAGGGGACACAAUGUCUACGAAAGUAGGGGAGCCCUUCAAUGGGUGGUUGCAGAGAGUGAGAAGAAGUGGGGAGUUCAGUGAUGUUACGGUCAUAGUAAAUGGCCAGGAAUUUCAACUUCACAGUCUUCCCCUUGUUAAUGCUAGUACUUAUUUUAGAAACAUCUUGUGCUCCUCAACCCAGGUAAAAAUAAUAGAGCUGACAGAUUUGGCAGGAGGAGCAGCAGCAGAAGCUUUCUCUUUGGCUGCAAAUUUCUGCUAUCUGUUAAAACCAGAGUAUACUUUUCACAAUGUGGGUCACAUUAGAAAAGUUGCAGAGUUUCUGGGCAUGCCUGACCUAGUAGACGGUACUAAGAAAUUUUUGUAUGCCAAUGUUUUCAGCAACUGGAGUUUGUCUGCAGAUUUUUUGGGGCAAUACCAGAGGGUGGGAGAUGUGGCAGUGGAUGAAUACAUUGAGACAAGAUGUGUAAGGGCCAUUGUUAAUGGGUGUACAAAGGCAUUUGUUGAAACGAAGCAGCUGCGCGUACAAAAGGCCAUGUUGUCAGCAUUGACUCCAUCUCCAUGCCCAUCUCAGCAGCUCACUGAGAUUUUGGUGACAGUGGCCCAGCUACCGGACCGGUAUGUCCAGGAUGUGAUUGAUGCUCUUGUCAAGUGCCAUCUUAAUUUGCAUAUAAAGUGCCGACAAGGUAGAAAUGUCCGGGGUUGGGUUGACUCUCUAAUACAUGAAGAAUGCAAAACCAACAGAAGCAGGUUUUGGGUCAUUGUCUGUCUUUCAAGAAUGCUGCAGAAGAGUUGCUCUACUGAUCGCCCGUGGCUGGAACUCUCCUCUCAGUAUUGGUGCAGUCUUUUAGAAAAUGCAGAUCUGUUGGCAGAAAAGGGGGAUUUGGAGGAGGAGAUGCAAGAAAAGCUAAUCAAUAUUAAAUCAUUCCUUGAGUAUAGGAUUGGAGGAAGCUUGAAUGAGCUUGAUGAAUACCUGCAUUGUUACAGGUUUAGUACACAAACAUUAGUUAGUUUGGUAUCGCAUUUUAAAGAUAAAGAUGUUGGAGAAAGAGAAAGAGAAGAAGUUUCCAAGGAAGUUGACAGUUGUUUGUGGAGUUAUGUGGACUGUGGUUCUAUCUCCCCCUCUGAUUUUUCAUUCAUAUUUGAGUCAUUUCCUCAUUCAUUCCGACAAAGCCAUGACUUUCUUUAUACAGCCAUUCAAAAACUGGUGGAAAAGCAUGGGUUAUGUAUUGAGGAUGCACAAAUGCUAUGGAGGCUUGUUGAUAUAUCUAAACUCUCCCCAGAAAUAUAUGACAAAGCUUUGAAGAAUACAGCCUUUCUGUGCCAGCCGCAUGUACUUGAAAAAGUAUUGCAGAGACAUAACCAAGAGCUUGAACAGAUGGGAGAUGGGGAGGACAACACAAACAGAGAUAGAAACAAAAACAAUUUAACACAUAUAAUGGAAAAAGUCAUUAAAGCAAGCCUUAAACUCCUUGAGGAGAAUUCUCGGCGUUCUAGAGAGAUUUUAGAACUCCAAAAACAGUAUGCCUCUCUAAUUGAAGGUAGAAUUGGAAUUCUGAGAGAGGAAUGUGAAGCCAGCCCAGACAUGUUCAAGCCUGUGUGAAAGAAGCUGUAUCAGCCAUGCAAGAAUGGCUACAAGUUGAUAAUUCAGAAUUAGAAACUCAAACAGCUACUUAAGCAAUGCAUUGUAAUCUCCAAUCCACUCUGAUUCUUGUAUUGUAUGUAUAAUUUACAUUGCUCGUUUAUUAACUACCAUGGUUUCCUUGUUGUAAAUACAGGAACAGUUAUAAUUCUUGGUUUC